AUGACCGAUGAAAGAAACUUUAGAUCAUCGUAUUACGAAAAAGUCGGAUGUCGAGGUGUUGAAGAAAAGAAAUCCUUAGAAAUACUGAUGAAGGAAAAGCCUUGGGAUAAGGUUAAGUUAAAACAGUUCUGUUUGCGAUUCACUGUGCCCGCUGCUUAUAGAAAUUUAGUAUGGAAAGUUUUACUUGAUAUCCUCCCGGUGUAUGCUGACUCGCAUACAUUUGUAGCGGAGCAGAGAAGUGAUCAAUAUAAUGAUAUGCUUUAUGCUGUUGAAGAUCUGCAACUAGUGGAUAUGAAAGCUCCUCGAAGUGAGAUUCUUCUGGCUAUGUGGCUGCUGGAAAACGAGGAAAGAAAACCACCAAACUUCCCGGAGACUAAUUACUGUUCUGCAGAUACAUUCAUACCGAUAGCAAAUACUCUGCUAGAGUUGUAUGAAAACGAGGUUGAUGUUUACUGGCUGAGCAAAAUGUUGACGGAUGUUGUGUGGAACAUGCAGAAGGAACUGCCUCGCUUGAAGGAAGCCUUCCAGACCAUGCUCGAGAAGGAAGACGGGGAGCUUUACAAUCAUCUGGUUGAAGUUCAAGCUUUAGACAAGUUGCCUCUCACAAAGUGGUUCAAUUGCUGUUUUGCUGGUGUUUUAGAUGAAACAUCUCUUACCAAAAUCUGGGAUAAAAUCUGCAGCGGUGCACCAAAGAUCCUGUCUUUCGUAGCUGUGAUGUUAGUUGUUACUUUAAGAAGAAAUAUACUAAAGGCAAAGACUGCUGAACAAGUAUUGAAAUGUGUGACAGAGAUUCCCGAGCAAUGUGAGGAGGUAGUUGCCAAUAAGGCAAUAGAAUUAUGGCAGUACUACGCACAACCACAGAAUGACACCCUCGCUAAGAAAUGA